UUUUUAUCUGUAUUUAUUGUACAUAAAAUUAUUCCCGAUGGAGGUAAACGCCGGCGUUUCUUUUCUGAUAGCUGACAUAGACGAGAGGGUGAGAAAGUUAAAUGAGACCAGAUUGAAACUAACAUCUCAUCACUCGGAGAUCACAUUGCUUCAAGACAAGUUUUCGACCACACAGCAGCAACUAUCUGAUCGAAAAGAAUUUAUCCAGAGUCGAUUGGAAGUUGUCGAAAGGACCGAGCUCAUACAUAAUAUUCUCAACUACAGAAUAUAUGAGAAAAAGUAUGAAUAUCGUAAACUUUCAGACGACUUGCAUAUUCAAAAACAGAAAUUCACAUUCUCAUGUGCCAAAGACAUUCCGGAAGUGGAGGUUGCACAUACAUUAGCAGAAAUUGAUAAACGAUUAAAAAAGGAACAUGAAAGCAUGGAUGUAGAAUUGCAAAAUCUCAAACAACUAAAAAUUGAAGUACAGUCGCAUUACGAAGCCCUUAUUGAUACGCUCGAUGAAGAUUUGGAAAAAAUGAUAAUACUGUACAAUAAUUUAAUUAAUAUCAUAGAGGAGGAAAAAAAGGAUGCGAGUCCUGCAGAUAAAGAUAUAAUUGAGAUAAAUGCAUAUCCCUUUGUAGAUGAGUUUAAAAGUUGUAUCAGUCAAUUUAGAAAAAUGAAGUUAAAUGGGUGGAAAGCAACCCACUAUUCUGAAGAAAAAUUAGCCGCUUUAAUAGAGAAGAAAGGUUUGAGAGUAACCAAAGAGGGACUUCUAAUCACUGAAUCAGGCCGACUAAUAACUUACCAGGAAGCUAAGCAACAAAAUUUACUUGAAGGUGUAGAAAUUGAUCCAGACAGAUUUCCUAUGUUUUUUGAAGAAACCCGUGGGGGUAAAACGGGUUCUACUACUGUUUCGAGUAGAGCAUCAUCAUCUGAUACGGAAAAAAUUGAUUCAGAAGAUGUAGCUUAUUUAAAGGAGAACCUAGGAAAGCCACUGACUUUGGCAUUAGCGGAAAUUACCGCCGUGCAACCUCGCGAUCCGAUUCAUUACUUAGGUCACUGGCUAUUCAAAUUCCGGUACAAUCAGACAAUGACUGAAAUAAAUGAUAUGGAGUUAGAGGCGCUUACCAAUGAAAGAGAUAGAUUGGCCAAAGAGAGAUGGAAAAAAUUCUUGGAAGAGGAAGCUAGAGCUGCCGUUAUGGAUUUAAUAAUGCGUGCUGAACAGCACGCAAUGAAGAGAGAAAUGGAACGAAUGGAAGAACUCGCUGCUAAGGAAGAAGAGGAAUUUGAAGAAGAAAGAAGAGAUGUUCUUGGAGAAUACAAAGGACCACGCUCAAUGCCUCGAAUUAACGGACAGUAAUAUAUACUUUGUAUAUUUUAAAUUUUUUACAAAUAAAUAUUUUUACCUUUCACUGCACUAGA